AUGAUAUUAGAGAAAUGUUUAGGAGCUCAAAGAACGCGAAGGAUCCAUAGCGCUCUCCGCCAUGGCAAGGUCACAAUCCUGUGUCUCGUCCUCACUGUUGUCGUCCUAGGUGGCACAGUCGGAGCCGGCAAGUUUGGAACUCCGGAGGACUCCAUCGAGAUUCGUGAUCACUUCUACUCUCGCAAGCGAGCAGAGCCUCACCGCGUCCUUGAGGAGGUCCAGUCAACGCCGGCCGAUCCCAACAACUACAAUGCCUUCGAUAUCAACAAGAUCUUGGUCGACGAAGGAGAGGAAGACAGACCCGACCCCAAUAAGCCCUACACUCUUGGACCCAAGAUUUCAAAUUGGGACGAGCAGAGAUCGAAAUGGCUCAAGGAAAACCCUAAUUUCCCAAAUUUCAUCAGACCCAAUAAGCCUAGAGUGCUUCUGGUAACUGGGUCGUCGCCAAAACCCUGUGAGAACCCGGUAGGUGACCAUUACUUAUUGAAGUCGAUUAAGAACAAAAUCGAUUAUUGUAGGUUGCAUGGGAUUGAGGUUUUUUACAAUAUGGCCCUUUUGGAUGCUGAAAUGGCUGGUUUUUGGGCCAAGCUUCCGUUGAUUCGGAAGCUCCUUUUGUCUCACCCGGAGGUUGAGUUUCUAUGGUGGAUGGAUAGUGAUGCCAUGUUCACAGAUAUGGCUUUUGAAGUACCCUGGGAGAGGUACAGAGAUUAUGACUUUGUGAUGCAUGGAUGGAAUGAGAUGGUUUAUGAUCAAAAGAAUUGGAUUGGGCUCAAUACCGGGAGCUUCUUGUUAAGGAAUACCCAGUGGUCGUUAGAUAUGCUUGAUACUUGGGCUCCUAUGGGACCUAAAGGGAAAAUUAGGGAUGAGGCUGGGAAGAUACUCACUAGGGAGCUCAAGGGUAGGCCGGUAUUCGAAGCUGAUGAUCAGUCAGCCAUGGUUUAUAUAUUGGCCACUCAAAGAGAGAAGUGGGGUGAUAAGGUUUAUCUGGAGAGUGCAUAUUAUUUGCAUGGUUAUUGGGGGAUUUUGGUUGAUAGAUAUGAGGAAAUGAUUGAGAAUUAUCAUCCUGGUUUGGGUGACCACAGGUGGCCGCUAGUGACACAUUUUGUUGGUUGCAAGCCAUGUGGAAAGUUUGGAGAUUACCCAGUUGAGAGAUGCUUGAAGCAGAUGGAUAGAGCUUUUAACUUCGGGGACAAUCAGAUUCUUCAAAUCUAUGGAUUCACACACAGCUCAUUGGGUAGUAGGAGAGUUAAAAGAGUUCGUAAUGAAACAAGCAAUCCACUUGAGGUUAAAGAUGAACUUGGAUUGCUUCAUCCAGAAUUUAAGGCUGUUAAGGUAUCAUCUUCCUAG